CGAGAGACGUAGCGAACAAAAGCCGGGAGGAGUAGUGGCGAGGUAUGCCGGGGAAGAUGAUACCGAGACAGAGAACUGAUUGAAAGGAGAGAAAAUGGUGACUAUCGAGGCCGCUAGUGAAAUGAGUGCGGUACGCCGGGCUGUGUGGUUCAGUGCCGUGCUAUUCGCCGCGACACCCUUGGCCUACACUCAAGUGACGUGGACGCCGAUCUACGUGGGUGGAUACAGUCAGGUCGACCUCUGGACGCAGAGCACCACCGGCUGCGCCUGCAGCUUCAACUCGUCCAGCAACGAUUGCGCUUGCUGCGUGCCGUCGGGCGGCUGCAGCUGCGGCGCAGCUUCGCCCGAUAGAUGCGCUCAGUGCGGCCUGGAGCAGCAUUGCGCGAAUAUGUGCAACAUAACGCUGGACAGCAGGCAGCUGUUCAGCAAAUCGGAUCGCGGCUUCGGGCAAAUAAAGUCGCCGUAUCUCCAAGGGCCCUCGAGGUGUACAUACAGAUUCGUGCCGGAUACCGGGCAGCGGGUCGAGCUGCAGAUAUAUCGACUGGUGUCCAUCGGUCGACACAACGGCUCCGCGUGCGAGGGCGGCUGGCUGCAGCUCGAAGGCAGCGCUCGCGUUUGCGGUCGCAACCAACGCUUCGACCGGCCGGUCGUGCUCUUCUCGGACAAGCCAGUUGCUACCUUACACAUGCAAAUAAACGAGAACACAACGCGGUCCCAGUUCCUGGCCUACUUCAGCUUCUCGUCCAAAGCGAGCACGUCCGUCGGCUGGCCGGUGAGAGGCGGACAUCCGGUUAACAACACGGAAUGCGACUCCGUGUACGAGGACAUAGACUGCCACGACGGAUGCGUCCUAGCUAGUCCCGGAUAUCCCGGGCUAUAUCCGCCGAAUAUCCGUUGCCGGUACCUAAUCACCUCUGGCCCGCGGAUCUCCAUCGCCAUCAACUUCACGGCGGUGCUUCUUCCUUACAACCACUGCACCAGCGAUUACAUAGCCGUGUAUUCGGGCCCGACGACGUCGAGCCCGUUGCUGAAGAUGCUCUGCGGCAAGGAGAAGACGUCGCUGAUAUACGUCGGCCAAGAGCUCCUCGUCGAGUUCAGGACCGGUCCGGAGGUACCGCCUUUUGAUUAUAAUGGCUUUGUCGCGACGCUGAGUUUUAUAGAAAUGACAACGGAAGCACCGACGACGGUUACCGUCGACAGCACGAAUAAAAGUCUCGAAAUGAUGAAGUCCGCCGGCAGCUACAACGUGCGGUACAACAAUCGCGACCUCCACGAGCACCGCAAGGACCAAGGCGCCGUGACCAACAGCUGCGACCUCGAGGUGAGCGGCGAGAAGGUCCGAGCGGGCCACCACGACACCCGGGGCAAGCCCAAGUCCACGACGUGCAGGAUCGUGCUGCGUGGUCGCGCUUACGACACCGGACACGUUUCCCUAGCCAGUUACAACCUCAGCGCGCAGUCCUGCCAGUCGGCGAUCGAGAUAUUCGACGGCUCGCCGGAAAGUGGGAUGCUCGAUACCGCCACCACCUUAGAGAGGAUCUGCAGCCCUGCGCAGUGGCUCCCGCGGGGAUUCGCGGGUCAGGAUAAGUACGCCGAGCCGAAGCGCUACUCGUCCAACGGCCGGGACAUGACGGUGGUUUUAAGGCGUGCCUCGAACAGCCCCACCGACGAGGAGUAUAUGGAGGUCUCGUACUACUUCCACGACGAACGCGAGGGUGGCACCCAGCAGCCGGCCAGUGUGUGCGACGUCGAAUAUUACGGACUAACGUCACCGGUGGAAGGUUCGGUGGUGCAUCCGGAACCGCACCGAUUAUUCGCCAUGGAAGGCCCGGUGAAGUGCAGGCAGCACUUUAUACCGGCGCCCAACCAGUCGGUGGUCAUUACAGUAAAAGGUAGCACGAAACAGAUUCCGAACAAUCCGUGCGAGACCAAGUGCGGCGACAGCGGCUGCCACUGCGUCAGCAAGUCCCUCGAGAACAUGGACCACCUUCUGCUCGUCUCCGAGACUGGCCACAUCGUCACCUGUCUCUGCGGAAAUUACCAGGACUGGCUUCCGGUGGGCAUCCGUAGCUGGACUCCGGUCUACAUCGAGUGGUCGAGAUCGUCGAGAGCGGGCCUCAAUUUCCACGCGGCCUACAAGUUUGUCAAUGACACUUACUGCGGCGAUCACACAACGGCGGAACCGGAAGGCGAGGUCAAUGGCGGUGAUCUGGCGAGCGCAGGGCUGAAGCUGAAUCAGUAUUACCAGCAGAAGUGCACCUGGAUCCUGGAUUCGCCGAUCGACCGACAGCUCGUCAUCGAAGUCAAAUCCACUCAGAGCCGGCCCUGCACGGCAUGGAAUCUGACGAUACACGAAUACCGGAAGGACGGUGACCCGGCCGGUCUCCGUUUGCACACGUUCUGCUCGAGGGACACGCACAAGAAUUUCACCCUGCCGUGGAAGAUGAAUACCGCGGUGGUUAGGCUGCAAGCUCUCGGCAGGACCGCUCCGCAAUACACCAUGAGAUGGAGAAGUCACACGGUGACGGCCAACACUCGCAAAAGCGGACCAUCGCCUGCGCCGAACCACGUGCUGGGCGCCUCGAGUAGAGACGAACCGCGAGGGAGAAUCGUCCUCGUGGCGUUCGCGAUUCUGCUCGCAUUCUCGUACGGUUGUUGAGAGCGCGUGAACUCACGGCGUAACCACAUCUGCAUACACACACAGAAAACACACCACACUCACACAGAAAUACACACACGUACGUUCCUGUUAAUCGAACGAGCCUAAGUUAAUAAUCCUGUGUACAUAAACGGUGAGGACUCCGAGUCAGUCCUCGUUUUACGUCGCUCGAUGUAAAAUGCUUGACAAAGCAGGUACCGAUUGAGAGCCGAAGUGUCGCCGGCUGGGUUUGUUAACCACGCACCGGGUAAUCUGCAAGAGAGAAAUAUUUUAUUCGCGCGACGCACCCGCGUGAACGCACGCACGCACAUACAUUCACACACAUAGUCAUACAUACACUUGCGAGGGACGAUAUCGGGGAUAAAUUUUAACUGAUCCGCGCGCUAUAUUUUUCACUCUACAUACGACUCGAUCCUUCGUGGUUGAUAUGAUAGAGGGUUAUAACGAGUCGGAGAUUGCCGCUCCUCGAUUACAUCCCAAGUAGCACGGACUUCUAAAAGACGUCUUUCAAGCAACAGUAGCAUUACAUCGAUGUUGUAAUUUCCCACUUAAUAGUAACUGUUACAUACAACAUGUGUUAUAUCGUAUUUACAUUGACUGGGAAAUUACAACGUCGAUGUGUAAUGUGUUUUACUGUUAAUUGGUGUUUACUGAGUUUAAGAGAAAGAUAAUUAGAAAAAGAUGUCCUU